UUAAAUGAUGUUAUUUCAAAAGCUUCCUCUUAAGCAUUGUGCUAAAUGGAUUUAAGGCGGAACCGAUGUAUGGAAAGUUGAAACCAAUUGUUUGCUGAUAUUUAAGUGGGCUUCUCCGUAUCAUACUAGUUAAGUUUGUCAUAAUAGCUAAAAGCUACUUAACAUGAUGUUGCUGUUGUUGUUUUUUUUGUUAUUUACAGUGUUAAUUGAUGGAGGAUAUUAAAAAAAUAAAUUGUGAAGGAUUUCAAAAAUGGAUUUAAAGAAAUUGUGGAUAAUAGUUUUAGUGGUUGUUUUGAAAGAAGCCUCCUCGGAAGUGAAAGUUAUAUGCCUGGAACCAUGGACGCCCAUCCAUCGCUCAUGUAUUAACUUCAACACCACUUUGAAAACGCAAUCAGAAGCAGCCGCCAUGUGCGACACAAUGGGCGGGUACCUGCUUGUGAUCAGUGACCUUGAAGAACGAGAAGGUGUAGUUAAUGAAACGAAGAGGAUAUUAUUCAAUCAACGGUCAGACGAAUUCCUACAAUACUUGGACUGGUGGGUGGGGCUAGAGUUUGAUAGCGAAUCCGUAAAAUGGAACUGGACUAGUGGCGAAGAAUUUAACUGGAGACUCACUAACUGGGGGCUGGGAUUUCCGAGGAGGGAGCACUGUGCUGUGUUCGAUAUCAAGGGGCUCCUUAAGGAUUCUAAAUGUUCUAUGAAACACCCGUUCAUCUGUGAACAAAACCGUACAGUUUUAACAACCUUAACCGCCCCCACAACUCCAACACCAGUCACCAACACUAAUGCGGUGGUAAGGAAACAAGAAUUCACUUUCGUUGGUCCGGAAAUCAAAACUGGGCGGACCUGGCAGCCGACCAAUCAGCUAACGACACCCAAUGUCGGUCCAAACCAGCCGACGCGAAACCACAUGGAUAAACAGACGGAACUUCCGGAAGUCACACAAGAACAUGAUGCUUCGACUACAUGUCACCUGUUUGUGACUGAUGCUGCGGACCAGGCGGCGACUACCAGUGGUGAAGGAGGCUCAGACUCAGAACGGACGACACCGAACACUAACAUGUCUACAAGCAAAACCAACCCACCAGUGCCGUCUGAAGAGGAAGAAAGGGAAGCUGAAUUGGACAAAUUCAAAGGCUGUUACGCUGUGAACUACGAGAGCACGUGCCCGCCCGUGCAGGCGUUCGGGAUAUCGUGGCCACGCUCAAAUCCCGGACCCGUGCAGGUCCAGUGUGAACACGGAAAUGCAAUAUGGCACUGUUUUCGGAACCCUGUUGUGUGCUGGCAAAGAACGCCCAAUGUUCAACAGUGUACUUCCCCGGCUGUCCAGAAUCUUACCAGACAGAGCGAAUCGUUUCUGGAGGACCCCUGUAACACAGAUGCGGCGCUGACGUUCACCGGAAGUUUGGCGGCCGCAGGCGAAACCCCGGCCAUGUCGGAACAGGACCUCUACCAGACGACCGUCCUCUUGGAGACGGCUGGUCGCGCCAAGCCCAACAACGCCUCACAGGCCGAAACCAUCAUAAAGGACGUCCUAAAGUGUGGAAGCGGUCUUGUCGCCAGUGACAAGAAGAGCACGUGGGCGGGAAUGGAGCCGGCGUCAAAACGAAUAGUUGCCGCCUCACUCAUGCGUUUCGUCGAGAGCGUGACGUUGGCGAUGGCGGAAACGUUCACGGAACCCGGGGUUCAGACGAUUGAGAACGAGAACAUAGCCGCUGAAGUGCACGUGUUGUCAAUGGCGAACACGCUUCCAGAGGAGGGAAAUGUGAAGUUUCAAAGGGAAGAUAACUCUUUCUACAUACCCGAGGAAAAUUUAUUAGCUCAUAGCUCAGGCGGCAUAUCGCGGGCGGUAUUCCUAGAGUAUCGAACACUUGGCGGACUGUUGGAACCCCAGCAGCCAGCGGAUGUGACGUCAGAGCGCCGUGUGGCCAGCCGCAUGCUGAGCGCCAGUCUCGGAGGAACUGAGGGGGAGGUGCAGCUGACGGAGCCGGUUAUAAUAGCCUUCAAAACGAAAAAGAUGGACGGGGUUGAGCGAUACCAGCCCAAAUGUUCGUUCUGGAACUAUAGCCUUGGUUUCACGGGCUCCUGGUCCCAGAAGGGCUGUGCCCUGGACAAAACUAACGAUACCCACACGUUGUGUCGCUGUGACCACCUCACUAGUUUCGCCGUUCUCAUGGACAUCCAUAAAACAGAGAUCAAGGGUGUACAUGCGGUGGUCCUGUCAUACAUCACCUACGCCGGGAUCAUCAUCUCUGUCAUCUGCUGUUUCUUCAGCUGGCUUAGUUUUGUCUGCCUCAGCUGUCGCUGCAUCAAAGGACAUCGUAGCAGCGCCGACGAGCGGGGUAACAGUGGCGGAAGUAGCUACGCGGGCUCCGCCUCUCGGUCCGUUAACGGGGAGCGGAACUCAAUCCACAAACAUCUCGUGUUCACAAUCUUCGUGGCAGAAAUCCUCUUCCUUGCUGGUAUACAGAGGACAGAUAAUAAGAUUGCGUGUGCGUUGAUCGCAGGCGUGCUGCACUUCUUCUUCACAUCAAGCUUCUUCUGGAUGUUGCUAGAGGGUAUCCACAUCCUCUUCAUGCUCGUACAGGUGUUUGAUGCCGCCAGGUCAAGGGUCAAAUACUACUAUCUCGUCGGAUAUGGAUUCCCACUUUUAAUUGUUGGAAUAUCUGCUCUGGUUUAUCAUGAUGGAUAUGGAACUGAGAAAUAUUGCUGGUUGACAUCGGACAGAAUGUUUUUAUGGUGUUUCGUCGGUCCCGUAGCAUUUAUAUUACUGGUGAACCUGUUGAUAUUGAUAUACGCCAUGACAGCGGUGUGUAAACAUUCAGAGUAUGUUUUCACGAAGGACAAGUCCCCGACAGGAAACAUAAGGGCGUGGAUCCAAGGAGCCCUGGCCCUCGAAGUGUUGCUGGGCCUUACGUGGGUGUUUGGCUAUUUCUACAUUAGCGAGGAGGCCCUUCCAUUUGCAUACCUCUUCACAAUUUUUAACUCCCUCCAGGGCCUCUUUAUCUUCGUAUUCCACUGUGUACUCAAUAAAAAGAUCCGUAAGGAAUACCAGCGAUUUAUCGACUACAAGCUGAGGCCGACGUCCAGCGGCACCCACUCCACUAAGGCGAACAUUUCCGGUCACUCCAGUGGCCUCCAGCUCCACCAACGCCCAGAGCCAGGUUUCUCUGACGACUCUCAAACCGCCAACGGCUCGGACCACCGCACGUCUACUGAUGCGUGAACGUCCGGGUCGGGGUAUCACGAGGACCAAAUUACAUGAUAAUUAUUAUACUCGUCACGUGCAUGAUAAUGACACGUGGUCAAUGUUGUUGUAAAUCGUACUAUUUAACACAUAGCGUGUGACUCAUGCAAUAAAAGAAGUCUGGAUUAUAAGUGACAGCACGUUAAAUACUUUCAAAUAUCGAUGAGGAUCCGAAAAAGUUCAACAAAUUAUUUUUUUGAAAAUAAAAUAUUCGUAUGAGCAUGUGGGCGGAACUUUCUUGCCAAGCUUAACUGUGUGUAUUAUUUAAAAACUGAUAGUUAUGUACAGGUGUCUAUCUAUAUAAUGUGCUUGUUCAAUAUUGUGUGGACCAUUUGUUUUUGUUCACAGAAUGCUAAGAAAGCAAUACCUUACUAUGGCAGGGACAAUGUGCUAUGUUGUACGCAAGAUUCAUUUUUUCCUAGAAGCGAUCUUGUACCUAGGACGCAUUUUGUUCCUAGGAUCGAUCUUGUACCUAGGACACAUGUUGUUCCUAGGAGCGAUCUUUUACCUAGGAGGUAUUUUGUUCCUAGGAGCGAUCUUGUACCAAGGACGCAUUUUAUUUUUAGGUGCGAUUUUGUACGUAGGACGCAUUUUGUACCUAGAAACGAUCUUGUACCUAGGACGCAUAGAGCGAUCUUGUACCUAGGACGCACUUUGUACCUAGGAGCGAUCUUGUACAUAGGACGCAUUUUGUUCCUCGUAGCGAUCUUUUACCUAGGAGGUAUUUUGUUCCUAGGAGCGAUCUUGUACCAAGGACGCAUUUUAUUAUUAGGUGCGAUUUUGUACCUAGGAACAAUCUUGUACCUAGGACGCAUAGAGCGAUCUUGUGCCUAGGACGCACUUUGUACCAAGGAGCGAUCUUGUACCUAUGAGGUGUUUUGUGACUAGGAACAAUGUUGUAACUAGAAGGUAUGCUGUACCUAGGAGCGAUGUUGUACAUAGAAGGUAUUUUGUAACUAGGAGCGAUGUUGUAACUAGAAGGUUUUUCGUACGAUCGUGCGAUGGAUGUAUUUAGGAACGCUAUUGUACUUAGUCUUAGGAGGUAUUUUGUACCUAGGAGCGACGUUGUACGUAGGAAUAAUUGUGAUUUCUACAUUGCUGUAAUCUUGUUGAAUGUCCCUCCUAAAAUACAAAUCGCUCUAAGGAUUUUUCAUUAAAAGAACCUCUAAGUGUUUAUGUUGUUUUUCUAUACCGAUGUUGAACUCGUAUGAAUUCUGUGAUACCACUCCAUGUUAAGUCAUUUCAGCAUACUUUUUGUUUGAAACUUAUCUUUAAGUAUUUCCAUUUAUCUGUAUCAACAUGCUUCAAAUGCAAUAAACUCAUUAA